UAUUAAUGGCAAAAUAACAUGAAAAACAGGCAAACUCCCCCCAAAAUAAUUGGCCUAAAAAUGUGGGGCCCCGCCCCAUCUGGCCUGAAUGACGGGUCACCACUAUGAGUAGCUAUGGGUGACUUUUGCUAGGUGGGAAGGAAGGGAGCACGCCACGGCUGACUGAGUGAAUCAUGCAGCUCUGGCGCUAGCCAUGCUGAUGGCUUGGGGCAGAGGAGGCAUUCGUUUUCUGAGUCUGACUAUAGACUCCAGAAUUAGCAUGAGGCUUCAUAGUACCAUUGGGCUGCUUAUCUGUUCUAGUAUCAUCAUAACCCAUUUAAUGCUCUCCUUUCCUCCUGUUUCAGAUGUUUCCUUCAGAGCAUGGAGACUCUUUCAGUAAUAACAUCAACUGCUGAGCUGAGAUAAUGAACAGGACAGCCAGCCUAUCAGGGGACACCCUGAUCGCGUGUCACUUCCCCCUGGUGCAGCUCCCCUGGCAGCUUCCUGUGCAGGCGGCUCUGUGCAGCGGCUCCUCCAAGCGGCCUGGUCGACUGUGCUCCAGCUCCGUGGGUCUGACCCGCGCUGCCUCCCUUCCCGAGCAAGGCAACCUCCACAGAGAGCCCUUCCACAACCGCCUUAGACAUAUCUCCUCCAGCUACUGGAGCCUCAACGAGGACUGGGGCGAGGGGGACGGGGAGGGGGGCAGUGACAGCAGUGGGAAGUGUGACUCUGGAUCAUCAUCAGAGGAGGCGUCACAGAUGACAAUCUCUCAAAGACAUAAACAACACCCUGUAGUUGGAGGUACUUUACGGCUACACAACUCCUUUCUCCCUAAUGAAGGGGUGGAUGAAGAUGAGGAGGAUGAAGAUAGUGAUGGAGAUAACCUGCACAGAUACCAUGAGGACUCCUCUUUUGUGCUGCAGUUGCAUGGAAACUCUAACUGGGCCCUGAGUAAUGCUGGGAGGCAGACCUCCAAACCUUCUAGCCAAUCAGCCAGUCAGAACCAUGACAACAGGGGUAAAACUGUGUUGAAGGACUGUGGGGAGCAGGAGAGACUGGAGGAUGUUGAAGAUAAUAUGCUAAAAUGUGGUGAUGAGAGCUACUGCUUCAGCUAUGGCCAAACAAAAUGUUUCCCUGAGUCUUUCUCUGAUGGUCUUCUAGAGUACGUCACAGACUCCUCCUGCAACAGCUCAGAUGGGGUUCUCGUCAACUUUAGUGCGAUCUACAACAAGAGUAACAACCCUGCCACCCCAAACGACCUCGGCAUUCCUGCAAUGCAGUCAUCCCAGCCAGCAGAAGGCACUGUCGUCCUAAACCUGCAACCUUUCCCCCAGGAGCCCCAGGGUCCUCAAGCUGCUGGCCCCAGUCAGGAGGGCAGAACAACCUCCUUUCCUCUUGACGGGGUGCCUUCUGUCCCCUGCUGGUCACCACAGGCGCUGGACUCCAACUGUAAUGUCUACCUUCCCGAUGCCCACGGCCUCCUGUCCUCUCUGGAGGUCUCUGACCUAACUUCCUGUCUCCAGAGCCAGGCCAGGCUGCUGCCCACAGGGACUACCCAGAAGUACUACAAGCUGGUGACCUGUGACCUGUCAUCCCAAUCAGCCUCGCCCAGCCCAGCCUGGUCCAGCACCACCAGCGUCACCUCAGAGGGCCACUACUUCCUCUUCAGUAAGGCCCGGGGAGAGCAGAGCCAGGAGGAGAAACAGCAGGAAGAAGGCUUAGACAAAGAAGGGAGGAGAGCUACCCCAUUGCACCAUCCUCGCUGUUUGAGCUGGGACUCCCAGCAUGUCACCUCCUUUGCUGAAAUUGCCUACUGUAAGAGACAUACAGACAGCUGCCAGAGCUCCAGCCACUCCCACACCUCCCAGGAUCUGUGUCCCAUUCAAGAGGCAGUUUCCCUGGGCCAGAGUAGCAGCCACUCCCCCCUACUCCUGAGUCCCAACCAAGGCAGUAUCACUGUGUCCAACCACCCUUCUGUGUCACCGAACCAUGAGACGGAGGAGGAGGGGGCAUGUUCAUGGGCCACUCCUGUGGUUCGCUACAGUAAGGCUCAGAGGCCCACCUCCCUGCCCAUCCAGCCCUUCGUCCUGCUUCCCCCAGCAGGUAAACCUCAGAGCCAGCCCCUGGGCUCCCUGCUGGACCAGUACAUCAGCCACAAGAACACCAAGCCCAGCUUCAGCUCCCAGCCAGGGUCCAAGUGCAUAGGCAAAGGCAACAGACUCCUGACCCACCUGCAUCCCUCACCGCUAGGCAGCUAUGGAGCCAUCCUCCUGGAAGGCCCCUCCAGCUCUGAUACCUGCUCCACCUGCACCCCCAGUCCAGAACGCUUCCAGUCCAGACUCAACUGGACACACUCCAGUCCAUACAGGCCCCACACUAACCUUGGUCUCACUUCGACCAGUCCAAAACAAGCACAAACAAGCACCAAACUAACCCAGGCUUAUUCAUGCCAGGACCAGCUCUAUGAAGACCUAGACCAAAUCUACCCCAGCCCAGUUCAGGCCCACAGUAGCCCAAACCAGUCUCAUUGUAAAGAUUCAAUCAAACGGAGCCAAGGCAUGGCUCAGAUCUGCCAAGAUCUCAUUCGCCUGUCCCCAGAGCAGAAGAGCCUCAACCCAGUCCUCCUGACCCACAGCCCUCACUGCCCCAUCUCCCAUGUAGCAACCAUGUCACCCUCUGUCAGUCACAUCCAUCAUCCAGACCUGCUGGUGUCCUUCUCUCCAGACCCACCCUUACUGCCCCACAAGACAAUCCCACUAUCCUCAGUCCCUGUGACUGGGUCUGCAGCCUCUCAUCGUAGCCUGACAGCUGCUUUCUCGUCAGUGGCCCCUCUGUCCUCUCUGAGCCCCCUUCUGCAUCCCCUGGUGUCUGCAGGGCCCAGUGUAAAGCAGCAUCAACAACAGCACUGUGACUCCUUCAGCCUGAGUGACAGUAGGCCACCUGUGGAGUUCUGCCUGUCACCUGAAGCCUCCUACGAGUCUCUGUCCAUCAGCCACCUGCAGAGGAGAGGUCUGCUGAAAUCUGUGAGCUUGGCAGUGGAUUUGAUCAUGGCUCAUUUUGGCACCAGUCGAGAUCCUGUGGAAAAGAUCCGGCUAGGGAACAGCUCGAGGAGUCCCACCAUUGGUGGUAUAGUCCUGGAGCAUUUGUGUCCCACCAUCCAGAACAUUCUGCUGGAUGGCAUUAGGGACCACAAACUUGACCUGAUCAUCGGUCAUCGACGCAACCAUGCCUGGAAUGUGGUGGAGGCCUCCACUCAGACAGGCCCUACCACCCAGGUGCUACACAGCCUGUUGUCCAAGGUGAGGCAGUGCUCCCUGCUGACCAGCCACUGUAUGAGACUACGAGCCUUCAUCAUGGGCCUGCUCAACUUGAGAGCCUUGGAAUUCUGGCUAAAUCACCUCUACAACCAAAAAGACAUGGUGACAGAUCACUACCAUCCAUGGGGUUUCCUCGCCAUGUCGCAGGGGCAGUGUCAGCCUCUGUUCCAGGAGCUCCUUCUCCUGCUGCAGCCUCUUUCCAUGUUACCCUUUGACCUCAACCUGCUGCUGGAGCCCCGCCUGCUGCAAAACAGACAGCUCUGCUCCGAGGAACAAGCUCCACCAUGCUCCACCUUUCUCAUGACCAGUUGGCCCCUACUGAGAGGAGACAGACAGGGGGCAUAUGGUUCUAUGGAUGGUCCCAGAGAUAACAGCAGGCCACCAGGUGACCCACACCAGCUGGUACAGCAUCUUCAAGGGUCCACCCAGGGGUCAAAGGUCAUGGGUCAUGAGAAGUGGGUGAGGCAUUUAGGCAAGUCUAGCAGAAGUCUGUGGUCAGUCACCAGUCCAGGGUGGUGGCAGAGACGGCCUGCCCACACAGAGGGGGGGGUGGAAUAUGGACAGAUUUACAUGGAUGUCAUCCACACUGAGCCUCAGCAGGGGAUGGAGGGGCGGAGAGAAGGUGAGAGUUCACAGGAGGGCAGGAGGGAGGGAACUGGCCCGGAGACCCCCAGGAUGCCGGCAGACCCCCAGGAUGAGAGCCUCUCCCAGGGUGGGCUACGCUGGGCCAAGCUGUUUGGAUCAGGAGGGAAUCCCCCCACCAGGACACAGAGGGCACCUCAAAAUCUCAAUGGGACACAGGCCCAGAAAAGGAGACCUUCACAGUGGCUGCAGUUGGACAGGUCUCAGCUGGGCCUAUUGGCUCAUACAGUGUGGUCAGGGAAACUCCCAGCUCCACAGCCUGACCAGAAACACCAGACAUAGACAUUGUGCCCCUAUGACCACACUCACCCAACCCUCUGAUGAGUAGAGAGGGAUGUCAUAAGGUGAAUGCACCAAUUUGUAAGUCGCUCUGGAUAAGAGCGUCUGCUAAAUGACUUAAAUGUAAUGUAAAUGGAUAGGGAGGAGAAGAAAAGAUACACCACCAAAAAUGUCAACCGCAUGAUCCUGAGUCAGUGUUAUAGUGCACAGUGUUACACACAGACACCUCAGCUAGAACACACUCACACUGGUCAGAAAAGCACAGUAGACCAGUUGAUACAACUAUUGGCGCAUGGGUGAUACUUUUUGCUAUGUUAUUAUUAGGCAAUAACAACUCCCCCCCCCCCCCAUGUAUUAUUAGAUUUACAAGUGCUUCUUUUCAUCUGUCAUGAAUUGGGAUUUAUGCAAUAUAUUCUCCCUGUGAACCUGUCAAUCAAACUGUGUGGUCAGAGAGGCUCCUCCCAUGUUAGGGUCUUGCCUUGAUCUGAAAGCCUUGCACAACAUCCCAGACUCUACUCUGCAGAAGAAACCAAUUAGUAUGUCAUGGAGCUGCAUGCAUACCAUACAGUAGCAUCCUAUUCUCCUAAUACUGUCAAUCUGAUCCUCUACUUUCCAACCCCUACCCCGUGUGACUAUCCUAUGUGCGAAUGGAAUGACAACAAAAAAUGCAGAAAGGCAAUCUUUACUAGCCAUGUUUACUAGUGCCACAUAUUAUGCCAGCCAGCAGCCUUGUGCAGUGGCUUAUCUUCCAAAAGGGGGUUGCCUUCACAUUCAACUAGACAAACAUGAGGUCUGACUCUAGCAUGGUUUAAAACAAACGUUCAAGGAGUCAUUAGGUGCUAAUUUAGGCCUACUACUGUGUGUGGUUGUACUGUACUACCUACAACAAUAUCUUAUUAUACUGUUUUUUUUAAUGAGUUUUGUAAAUAUUUAGGGAAGAAAAGUCUAGAUUUGUGGAACUGUUAGGUUCCAAAUGGAGUGUGUUGUUUGCACAAUAUAAAGCUAUCGUGUUGUGUUUCAGGUGUACACCAUUUUGAUAGGCCAGUACUACUAAGCUAAAGAGAAAGGCAAAGUCUGGAUUUACGUGACAGGAAUGACUUGGCUAUUAUAGCCUUUGCAAUAAAUGUGAAAGUGAGUUUAUCAUAUUUCCUCCCCAACCUAACUGUCCUUCCCCUAAAACCUUAGAAGAAUGGUCUACGCUGGGGUAGCAGGUAGCCUAGUGGUUAGAGCGUUGGGCCAGUAAUUGAAAGGUUCCUGGUUUGAAUCCCCGAGCUGACAAGGUAAAAAUCUGUCAUUCUGCCCCUGAACAAGGCAGUUAACCCACUGUUCCCCCGUCAUUGUAAAUAAGAAUUUGUUCUUAACUGACUUGCCUAGUUGAAUAAAGGUUACACAGAAUGCACCCUCUCUGAGUGUAAGUUCCCAGUGAAAAUCAACCAUUCUGAAUAAAAAGGUAUUGAUUUCUC